CCAAUAUUGUGUGCAGCGACGGCUGAUUCGACGUCAGGAGAACAAGAAGAAGCAUCCAGAGAAAAUAAACAAAAAACAAUAGUUACUGUGUUACACCUGUGUGCGUGUGCUUGUGUGUGUCAAUUCCGGAAGUUGUGAUUAAGCGGAAGCGGAAAUCACUAUAAAGAACUCUCCUAUAAACUCUCUUUUGUGGAAAAAUCACUGCUUCUUUAAAGAUUUUUUGCUUAAUUAUUCGCGUGUGCCUGUUACAAAAAAAAAGAUACAAAUAAACAAAAAAGCGUGCCUUUAAAUUUUGAACUCGACUGCAUUUUGCUGGAUCGGCUCGUUUUCGUUUCUCGAUUUUUUUCGCCAACGUCAAAUUCGAUUUUUAUGACUUUUGAAAGCGUGACUAAGACGUGAUUUAUGAUGGCGUGUGGUUUUUAAUAUUCAUGCGGACGCACUGCUGCACGGGACCACUGCGUAGGUGCGCCAAACAAUAAAAAAAAGAGCAAGAAAAGAAAAGGAAAAAGCAAACGCAGCCCCUGAAGGCUUUUUUGCGAGGAGUCCAGUGGUAUCCAGCUGUGUGCGUGGAUCUCAGCCUUUUUUAUGGAGGCAGUUAAGCAUUUGAGUGCUGCCGCUGCCGCAGCAACUUGCAACAUGCCGGUGACCAGCACAGCCAACGAGAUAGCAGAGGCGCUAGCCGGCGAUAUCGAAGGCAGUUCAGCGGCAACAGCCGCAACAGGCAGCGUAGCAACAUCAACAAAGCAACAAAGCAGCAAUACCAGCAAGUCUAGCCACACAGCAGCAGCAGCAACCUCAGGCACACACAAGGCGACAAAAGGCGACAUGAGCAGCAGCAGCAGCAGCAGCAACAGCAACAAGUGUAGCAGCAAGACCCCUAGCAACGCAGCAAUGGCAGCUGCUACAGCCACAGCAGCAGCAGCCACAAAUGAUCUUGCAGCAGCUGCUGCGGUUGUGUUAUCACUGCAAGGAACCAUGGUCAGUAGUCUGCAGCAAGCGGCUUUGUUGCCGGCAAAUUCAGCAGCAGCAGCAGCCCUUAACCUACAGGCUUUGGAAUCAUAUUUGGCAUUGCAACGUCUAACUGGGAAAUCGGAUGUAUUUCGAUUUAACAACAGCAACAAUAAUAGCAGCAGCAACAGCAGCAGUAGCAACAAUAGCAACAAUAAUACAACCUGCAACAGCAAUGAGACGGAGACACUGUCCUCAUCCCUGAUAGAUAUAGCCAAUAUAGAACUCAAAUCGAGCUGUUCUUCGAGUUCUUCGGGGGAAAAUGCUUCAGGAAAUGGAACAGGAGGAGGAGCAACAGCAACAGCAGCAGCAGCAAGCUCACCCUGCAGCAACACUAGCUCUACAAGCAACUCCCACUCCCAUUCUAAUUCCCAUUCAAACUCCCACUCCAAUUCCUCCUCCACCUCCACCAAGUGCCACUUGCCUUUGCCCUCGAUAGGCACCGUUAGUGCCGCCGUUGCUGCUGCGGCAGCGGCUGCAGCAGCUGCUGCAAGUCAACAGGCGGCUUUAGAUUGUGCCACAGCCGCAGAACUGGCAGCAGAAUGCGAUCUCCCCCUGCUAGAUGCCGAGGAUGCCUUGUCCUUUGAGGCCGGCGACCUGGACAGCAGCUAUGGCAGUUUCAUCUUCAAUCCCACGGCUUUUGGGCAAACGGAAACGGACUCGGCUUUGCAUUCUCUGCAGGCUACCAUGUAUCAGGAUAAGAUGAGUGUCUUAGGAGGAGGAGGAGCAGCAUCAGGAGGAGCUGCGGGCUUGGAUGAGGCAGCAGGCAGCUCGACAGCAGCGGCGGCAGCAGCAGCAGCAGCGGCUGCUCAGCGUUCCAAGAAGCAAUUUAUUUGCAAGUUUUGCAAUCGACAAUUUACCAAGUCCUAUAACCUCUUGAUCCAUGAGAGAACCCACACGGAUGAGAGGCCCUACUCCUGCGAUAUCUGUGGCAAGGCCUUUAGGCGGCAAGAUCAUCUCAGGGAUCAUAGAUAUAUCCAUUCCAAGGAGAAACCCUUCAAGUGCGCGGAAUGCGGCAAAGGGUUCUGUCAAUCUCGCACCCUGGCUGUCCACAAAAUCCUCCACAUGGAGGAAUCCCCGCACAAGUGUCCCGUCUGCAAUCGCUCUUUCAAUCAGCGUUCCAACUUGAAGACCCACCUGCUAACUCACACGGACAUCAAGCCCUACAAUUGCUCAUCCUGCGGCAAGGUUUUCCGUCGAAAUUGCGAUCUUCGACGUCAUAGUUUAACCCACAAUUUGGCCGCCGCCGGAGUGGGUGGCGUUGGUGGUGUGACUGGCAAUCUCAGUGAUCUUUUUGGCUCGGGAUCGAGUUCCAGUUCUGAUUUGGGACCAGCCACAAGUGCCACGGGGUCCUCUAGGGAUUUGGUGGCCGUCAGCGAUUGAUCUUUCUUCUUUCUCAAAAAAACGAAAAUUAAAUCUCAUUUUGCAGCUCUCAAGAAUACACGAAUCCCUCCUUUUGCCACAUUUUGUGUCUGAUCUGUGUUUUGUAAUCUUAAAUGUAAUUUUAUUUACUAAUUUGCUUUUAAUUUAGAUUAAGUUUAGUGUUUAAUAACUUAGUUUUAAGCCAAGGAUAUUAGCAGGAAAGUUUGACUUUGUGUAAGGCUCUCGAUUGAUAUAUGUUUAGUGAAUUAAGUAAAAAUGUGGACUCUUAAAUAUAUAUAAUGUCGAAUAAAUGAUACUAGAUUAAAAGGAAA